AUGGAGGACGAGUCGGAUGUACGCACAAAACUAGAAGAGCCGGAGGACAUGUUGGAUGAAGAGGAAGGUGAAGCCGAAGCCGACGACGGAGGUGCUGAGGAGGGAAGCACUGUCGGGGACGACCAGGGCGAGGGUGCGCCAUCUCUCCCGCGCGGUAGGGGUAGACCGCGUGGUCGUGCCCGAGGUACCACUGCAUCGACUCCCACACGUGCACGCGGUCGAGGGAGGGGCAGGGGCAGGGGCAGGGGUCGGGGAAGGAGUACAACAGGUUACGGCGGAGAAGCCGACGGCGACGGCGAUGAGGGUGGCGAUGAGGACGGUCGUCCGUGGCGCAAGAUUGGAGACAGAAUAUAUUACAUUGAAGCAGACGAAUUCGUCACAGACUCAGACGAGAAAGGCGACCAAAAGAUCGACGCAGACGGGAAUUUACUCGGUGGCCGACGGUUCAAAUGCAGCACCUUCAUCCUUCCAGGUCGACAUUCUUCACGGAAAUACAUGCUCGCCAUCGACGCUGCUCGUUCUUCAGGAUUCAGAGACUCGUUAUACUACUUUCGCAAAAACCCUCUUGCUCUCAAGCUACUUGCCACACAACCCGAAAAAGAGUUUCUCAUCCAACUUGGGAAACUCGGCGCCCACUUGAAAACGCGAAGCGUGACCCUCGUCACCGCGCGGAGCGCCUACAAGCUCCAUGGUGCCAAGAUGAUCAUCGAUGGCCGAUGGGUAACGGACGAUUAUUAUGAGGACCGCGCCCUUCAAGACAUCACCUCCAAAGGUCUCACACCCGGUUCACCCGUGGGCGAACUCCCCGACCCCCUUGCCACUUCCCAAAGCGCCCUCCAAUCCGCCGGUACCGUACCUAACCAAUUCUCCUCCGGGGUUUCGCACGGCGUCUAUCGCGCCGGCGGACCCACGACUCUAUUCGGGGGCACAGGGCUAGGGCCGUUCAGCGACGGUCCGCAUAGUGCGGUCAGGAAGAGUCUGUUGACGAGGGAGGGCUUGACGGUUGAAAAUUGGAUGUGGGAAGCUGCAAGACGAGCAUGUGACACAACGGAAGAGUAUGGCAGGAUGAGAAGGGAGGCAAGGGUUCCGUAUGGAGGCGUGCUGGAGAAUGCGCUUUCCAAGGUGAAAGAGAAAGACAAGGAAAGAGAAGGCAAUGUUACGAAGACGGAAACGGAAAGCGGUGACUUUCCAUUGGGAGUAUAUGAACCGCACACGGGCAUCGUGCAUUACCGUGCGGAUACCCAACCUACUCGGUGUCGUUGGGAACAGGUCGAAACACACCGCGUGUUGGGAGGGACAAAAGUGGGAAAUGGGGCCUGGGGGUUGGCAUGGGUGGACACUUGUUUGGAGUCGCCAGAGUCGGGAAAGAGCACGACAUGA